AUGUCUCAAAAUAUGAGUUACGAAGAAGUCGAUCGUCCAAUAUCAGAUACUGACAUAUUUACGCAAAAAGCUGCAGCUAGUCGCUAUGCAAAACCAAAAAAUGCCAAUAGUUUACCGGUAAAUUCUGAUGACAAAAAUGCUCCAGCGCCAACUCAAUCUACUGAAAUCAAACAAAAAAAAAAAAAAGUAAAUAAACUCGCUGAGAAUGGCGAACAUGAUUUGGAUCAAAAUAAUUCAGAAGUUAAACCGCGAAAAAAGAAACGAGCACCAGAAAUUGAAAAUGGAGGCGAUGUAACAACAACGACGACGAAUGGUGAACAGGUCACCGAUGUAAAACCAAAGAAAAAAGCGCCAAAAAUACCAACAAUAGAUGAAAAUGGAUUAAUUACCAAGGAUGAAACAAAACCAAAGAAAAUCAAAGCACCCAAAGUGCUUGUAGAAGAUGUUGUUGAGGCAACAACAGAGGUCACAACUGAUAAGGGUGAUACUUAUGAUAAACUGAAUAGAGAAAUAAAACCAAAAAAAGUUAAAAAACCCAAAGCACCUAAACGAAUGGACACUGAAAACGACGGGGACGAACCACCAUAUAUUGAUCCGAAUCCCCGCUCAUCUGAUCCAUUAGAUGAGAGUCGUGCUCUAGCUGAUGAUGGACCAGAAGUAACGGAUUUUCUUUCUGAGCCAGGUCUGACUAAUAUACCGACUUCAAUAGCUAUCGAUGAAACACCACCAGAUCAAACAAGUGAAUUUGAAACAAAUAUUUUAACAGCAUAUGGUAAAUUAGUGAAUGUUAAUUUCGCUCAAUACGUCGGUAAUGAUAAAUGGACAAUAGAACAUCCGCCAAAAUCGUCAAAACAAACACGAAAAAUAUUUGGUUUCAAAAGAAAUGAAAAUGAUAAAUCACCAACUGUAAGACGAAAAGCAACUGCUCUUCUCACAAAAUUUCGUACAGGCAUGGGUGUAUUGCUUCGUGAUGAAAAAAAUUUGGUUUUUGGUGAACAGUAUCCUUAUGAUCAAGGGUUCUAUAAUGAUGAAGAAGAUGGUGUUGAUACCGAUAAUUUGCAUCGUUAUGCUCAACGUUUACGAGAAUUGGAAGAUGAAGAUCGUGAAAUAAAUCCAGAAUUUCUCGUUUUAAAAGAUGGUAAAACAAUGUAUGGUGUACAUGAAGCGGGUGCCGAAGGAGAAUCUAUAUUUAGUACAAGAAAACCGAUAUAUGAUCGACAUAGUGAUCAAACACCGGAUGAAAUUAAAGAAAAGAAAAAAAUACUUGAUCGUCUUCGAGGAACAUUUCGUAAACAAAAAAGUGGAGAACAAAAUGUAGUAUCACCAAAAACGGAUAAAGCAUCAACAUCAACACCAAAAGUUAAUGGAAAAAAUCGAAAAUUAGAUGUGACUACUGAGGUCAUAGAGGAUGAACAACUCGAAUGA